AUGCAAGGAAGCCUGAAAGUAGAGACUAGGAUAGGUAGGGAUGGUCUAGGAAUGGCAGUAAAGACACGUCUAUCGCGGACGAGACCAGAUGCAAGCUCCAAAGCCUGGCGAGAGGUGCCUGUUGAGCCCUCUGCCAAUGACAAACAUCAUGUCUCCCCCCGCAAAGCCCUCAUAGCCAUAACCUCAGUCCACGCCCCGCUCUACGCCGAAGGUCGAGAAACCGGGCUCUUCAUAUCCGAAGCCCUGCACCCCUUCCAAGUCUUCCGCGCCGCCAAUUUCGCCGUUGACCUCGUCUCCGAGAAAGGCACCUGGUUCCCUGACUGGCUCUCCCUCCAACCAGACUUUCUUUCCCCUGACGACAAAAAAGUCUGGGAAGACCACAGCUCCGAAUUCCGCACCAAACUCGACAACAUCCUGACACCCAGCGAUGUGAAAUGGUCAGACUAUGGACUCUUCUUUGCGAGCGCGGGACAUGCGAGUCUGAUUGACUACCCUGACGCAAAAGGCCUGCAGCAAAUCGCCCUGAAGGUGUAUACGACUGGUCAGGGGAUCAUGUCGACGGUUUGCCAUGGGGGAGCUAUUUUCCCCGGUAUCGUGGAUCCCGAGACUGGGAAGUCUAUUAUUAAUGGUAAGAGGGUGACGGGCUUCACCACGCAAGGUGAGAUAGAGGAAGGUAUCCUCGACACGAUUGAGAGUUGGCAGAGGCCGACUAUCGAGAAGGUUGCUGCGAGUGAAGGGGCGACAUAUGUUGCUCCACCAGGUCCUUGGGCGGCUUUUUCGCAAACUGAUGGUAGACUCGUAACAGGAGCCAACCCAGCAAGCGCACACGUCACUGCAGAGGACGCCGUCAAAGCCUUCGAAGCACUAUGA